AUGCCAGUCACACGCAUAUUCAGUUUUAUUGUAAACCCCGUGAACGUCUGCAGAUUUGUUGUGUCGAAGUCUGACGAGCUCCGGUCCAAGUCUGACGAGCUCCGCCUGAUCGCGAAGGAGUUCACUGAAUUGGGUCGUCAGGCCCUCCAACGUGCUCGUGCGGGGACUCUCUCGGAUGCCCUUCAACAGACGCAACAAGCCGAUGACCAUCAUACAGUGACAGUCACCAUGGACAUGAAAGUCGACGAUUUGCAGGCGGCUCUGACAAACCCGAAUCUGUCGAUUGAGAACAAGUACGACCGUCUGAUCAGCGUCAAGUCAGAUAUCAAACAAAAGAAUGUACCAGCAAGUCUGAUACCAAGCCUGUUCGAUUGUCUACGACUGGCGAUUGCUCACAAUAACAUUCACAUUUAUACCGCCGGGUUCGCCACCCUUUCGCACCUUUUGAAGCGGCUUUUCAUUGAAGAGCUCCACACCGAAGUAGCAGCUCAUGCCCGCAGUCUCUACCCGACUCUUCUUGAGCGCCUGGGCGAUCAUAAGGAGCGUGUGCGGGCUUUGGCCGCCCAGGCAUUUGCCGAUUUGUGGAAAGCCGCACCAAUGGACGCCGAGAAGCAUGUUUUGGGCACAGCCCUCGUGGGGAGGAACCCUAAGGCGAAAGAGGCCAGCUUGACGUGGAUUUUGAGCAUGCACACUUCGCAUGACCUCCUGUUUCGACCAUAUGUGGCGAGUCUCGUGGCGUGUCUCGAGGACGCAGACAGCGCCGUCCGUGAUACGGCCAAAUCGACCGUUGUCGGCUUAUUCAACAGCGCCCCGGCACAUGCCAAGGCCGACCUCCAGCGGGAAAUGGCGGAACAGCAUGUGCGAAAGUCCAUUGUCGCUGCGGUUCUCAGUGGCCUUGGACUGGAAUCGGAUUCCGCUACGUCGCGACCAGUCUCUCGGACCGAACCCACCAGACAGCACCGGAACCCUCUAGCAGCGGCUGCAUCUUUAUCUAGGCCGGCUUCUCGCGCAGAACCGAUUACGCACGCUGCAUCUACAUCCCGGCCAGUGUCGAGAGCCGAGCCGCGCCUACAGCCUAGGCCCACAUCUAUCGCCGACACUCACGAACAGCCUCCACAACAACCCGCGCCUAGAGCUGAAUCGAUCAUAUACACGGCUUCUGUGGCUCGACCGGCUUCGAGAGCUGAACCAGUUACAUCCACCGCAUCCACGUCCCGGCCGGCGUCGAGAGCUGAACCCGUUACCUCCACCAGGCCCGCCCCUGCAGUGGACGCCGAGGAGCCUCAGACGCUCCAAACAUCAUCGAGAUCAAACCCCCUGAAACAUGUCAGGGCCCCCACAGCGACUCAGUCCAAUACUACCGAGCUCAAACAAAGAGCACCAGCACAAAUCCCCAAGUCCCAGGAAGGCGAACAACUUCAGCCCCUUCUUGUCUCUUCGUCUCGUGAACUUGAGGACAUCAUCAAGACGAUGCUGCCUCAUUUCGAAGGCCGAGAAACCGAGGCGAACUGGAUGCUUCGCGACCGUGGUGUCACCACCCUACGCCGAUUGACCUUGUCAAACGCACCGCACGAGUUUCCCAUGGUUUAUGUCUCAUCUAUGAGAACCAUCCUUGACGGCGUAUUCAAAGUCGUGAAUUCACUGCGGACCCAGUUGUCCACCACCGGAUGUCGUCUGAUCCAGGAAAUGGCCAGGGCGUGCGGGCCCAGAAUCGAUUCAAUGGUUGAAAUCAUCAUGCUGCACAUGGUCAAAUUGUGUGGCGGAAUGAAGAAGAUCACCGCGGCACUCGCAAACGAAACGGUGGAUAUUGUCUUGCAAAAUGUAUCUUAUACAUCGCGCAUCUUGCAGCACGUCACAGCAGCCUGUGAAGAGAGGAACGUGCAACUUCGGGUCUUCUCCGCUGGGUGGUUGAAGACUUUGAUCAACAAACAAGCCCACCACAAGUCAACCAUUGAGCACGGUGGUGGGGCCGAUACAUUAGCAAGAUGUAUCAAGAAGGGUCUUUCGGACGCCAACCCCGGGGUUAGGGAAGCCAUGCGCAGCACCUUUUGGGCCUUUGCCCGUGUGUGGCCAGGUCGUUCCGAUGGGAUUAUGUCGAACCUUGAUACGAAGUCACGAACGCUGUUGGAGAAGGAUCCGGCAAGACCAGGCAAUGUCGGAUCUACGUCCAACAAAGUGCCCACGCCACAGAAACCUACCUCAAAGAGCACCCCGUCAACCCCAGGACGGUCAGCACUGAGAGAAGCGAUCGCUGCGCAGAAGAAAGCGCACCUAGGCAACACGAAGUCGUUGCCCCCUCGCCCCGAAACGGCCCAUGCUGCAUUGACCGACCCAAAGCCCGCAAGCCAGAAAUCGACUUUGUCGUCGGCGCCCGUCAGACGGGGAGUCAAGGUGACUCGCCCAGCGACCGCCGGACCCGGCCGCAGACCUGCGCCGACCGAACUGCGUCACGAAUCACCUCGAAGUGGCCGCUCUAACGUCCAAACGCCGUCACCCACCAAGAGAACGUUUGUCAACGGCGCUUCCGGGUCGCCCCAAGUGGACCAAAAACCAACUCCGAAGUCAAUUCUUGUUAAACGCCCUGAAGGAAUCAAAAUCCCCAUUGGGCCCGUCACACCGGAUUCGAAGUCUCCGAAGUCUCCUGGGGUAAGGUUUGCAGACCAGAUGAUGCUAUCGGAGAUGAAGGCUGUCACAGCGGAGGCUCCCGAAGUGGAAGCUCCCGAAGUGAAGGCUCCCGAAGUGAAGGCCCCCGAAGUAAAGGCCCCCGAAGUAAAGGCCCCCGAAGUGAAGGCUUCUGAGGUGAUGGCGAUCGAAGCGCACACCGAAUCGAAGUCAGGCGAGUCAAAGUUUCCGGAAGGACUGGCGGUCCCCGAGCGACCAGUGGAACUGGGAGAAUCACAGACAUUGGCGGAAACCAACCAGUCAGGCGAAUCGGAUGACACGGAGGACAUACAAGAUAUGAAGAGGCCGGACACGGAGGAUCCCGAACGAAUCGUUUUGACAGCCGAAGAACUCACACUCGGAGACGUCCACGUGCCCAAACAGAGGAUGCGGAGACGCACGCACCAGGGAGAGCUUGAUUGGAACGAUCCGCUUACUCGUCGCUGGGGGCAGCUGAACGAUCUGGUGACAAGAAGAAGACAAGUGAGCGCACAGUCACAGGAACUGAAACACGCGCGGGAAGUGAUUGAGUCUGCGAUUGUCUACAUCAGAAUGGGGGCCAUCGACAUGUUUGGAUAUCGGAAACUCCAAUCGCUGAUUGCAUAUCAUGACGAACUUUUCGAGACCCAGGACCGAUACAACGAGUUUCUGAAGGUGCUCCUCGAAGACCUGGCACGAGACCCCAAAUACGGCGAUGAUCAAAAACGGAUGGUUUCCUCUUUGCACCACAAACAACAGGUCGCCAAGGCCAUCCGGUUCAUGUUUGCAUACAACGAAACCUGGUUUUCCGACACUCAUGCCCAGGUGUUUCCCGCUCUCCUCCAGACAACACUCUAUUUCGAAUCGCGGUAUUACCUUAUCACCGUCCUCCGCCAAAUUGCGGACGAUCUGCUUUAUGCGUGUCAUCUACCCGAUCUCGUGGUCAGUGUUGUGCAGUGUCUUAGAUCACUGCCGGAUGAUUUCCCCAACGUCCAGGCCGUGGUGAUGGGCGUCGUUUUUCUUACGAAGACGCUCAAGAUUUUGAAUCAGCGACAGGCCCAACUUCCGGAAUCAACCUUGUCACAAGUGGCUCAUUAUGCAGUACACUGUAUGAUGCGCGGCCACAUUAGCGCUCGAUCGACCAUUGGGGCACUGUGUCAGCAGGUCCGUCGGUUUUUGUCCAGCGACGAGCAUUUUUGGAAACUUGCGGGGGAACCGAUAGAUCCUUUCACGAGAAGCAUGAUCUGCUAUUAUCUUUAUAAACUGCACAAAGGCCUCGUCUGA